CCGAAUUCUAGACUCUGGGAAGACCUUGGACCAUGAGGUGGAUUCUGGUUUUUGCUGCCCUUUUGGGGCAUAUCUACUGUCGAGAAACAUUCGUGGGAGAUCAAGUUCUUGAGAUCAUACCAAGGAAUGAAGAACAAAUAAAAAGUCUGGCGGAAUUGGAGGCUGAAGAAGACCUUCAGCUUGAUUUCUGGAAACCGUUCACCACACCAGGCGAGACAGUCCACGUCCGCGUUCCCUUUGUCAGCGUCCAGGCAGUUAAGGUUUUCUUGGAGUCCCAGGACAUUGCUUAUUCCAUCAUGAUUGAAAAUGUUCAGGUUCUGCUGGACAAAGAGUAUGAAGAAAUGCUAUUUAAUCAGAGAAGAGAGCGGAAUGGUAACUUCAACUUUGAGGCUUAUCAUACCUUGGAAGAGAUUUACCAAAAAAUGGACGACCUCGUGGCUGAGUACCCCGGUCUAGUGAGCAAAGUGACUAUUGGCUACUCGUUCGAAAAACGGCCCAUGAACGUGCUCAAGUUCAGUACCGGAGGAGACAAGCCGGCCAUCUGGCUAGAUGCCGGGAUCCAUGCUCGAGAGUGGGUUACACAAGCUACUGCAUUGUGGACAGCAAAUAAGAUUGCCUCUGAUUAUGGAAAUGAUCCAUCCAUCACUUCCAUUUUGAACACAAUGGAUAUCUUCCUGCUGCCGGUCACAAACCCCGAUGGAUAUGUGUUCUCUCAAACCAAAAAUCGUAUGUGGCGAAAGACCCGGUCAACAGUGUCUGGAAGCCGCUGUGUUGGUGCUGAUCCUAACCGGAACUGGGACGCAGGUUUUGGAGGCCCUGGAGCUAGCAAGAACCCUUGCUCUGACUCAUACCAUGGACCCAGUGCCAACUCUGAAGUUGAAGUGAAAUCCAUAGUGGACUUCAUCAAGAGUCAUGGAAACGUCAAGGCCUUCAUUACCCUCCACAGCUAUUCCCAGCUGCUGAUGUUUCCCUAUGGGUAUAAAUGCAGCAAGUUAAAUGACUUUGAUGAGCUGAAUGAAGUGGCCCAAAAGGCUGUCCAAUCUCUGACGAGCCUGCACGGUACCAAGUACAAAGUGGGACCUAUCUGCUCAGUCAUCUACCAAGCCAGCGGAGGAAGCAUUGACUGGGCCUAUGACUCUGGCAUCAAGUACUCAUUUGCCUUUGAACUGAGAGACACGGGUCGGUACGGCUUCCUCCUGCCCGCCAAGCAGAUCUUACCCACAGCCGAAGAGACCUGGCUUGGCCUGAAGACAAUCAUGGAGCACGUGCGAGACCAUCCCUAUUAGGGUUCUGGGGGAAUAAACGCCAUUGAAAGCUCUCUGGUUUGCGGCAAAGUUGUGGAGCGGUUAUUCGUUUUUCUAAUCCUGAUUUAGGAGGAUUAUUUCUACAAUUUAUGUUGCACCGAAAUACAGCAAAC